AUGAUGCAGAUCAAGGCAAAGUUUGAUACUGAUGAAGGUCUGAACUUCAUUCAACAGUAUCACAUCAAUCAAGGACUGAAGAAGUUUAGUGAUGAUGGAAAAGAUGCUGUGGAUAAGGAAUUGAGACAAAUGCUCCUGAGAGAUUGUUUUACUCCCGAAUUUGUUAAAGACAUGACCGCGUCUGAGCGAAAGAAGGCCCAAUCAGUGAUGAUGUUACUCGCGGAAAAGCAAUUCAAAAAGACAAUUAAAGGUCGCCUAGUAUACCAAGGCAAUGGAACUCGUGAAUGGUUAUCGCGAGAGGACACUGUAAGUCCAACUGCUUUGCAAGAAGCAAUCACCACUACUUGUGUUAUUGAUGCACACAAAGAAUCACUACAAGUCAUGAAAUGGAUGAUCAACGCAUCUUUUGCGGUGCAUCCAGAUUUCAAGAGCCACACUGGCGGCACUCUGUCCUUUGGCGGAGGUGCAGCUCAAGUGAUGUCGAAGAAAAAAAACUAA